CACGAAUAUGCAGCCGCCCCCAAGUGCGAGCGACAGUCGUACGGUGCUAAGCCCACAGAUUGUUUCUCUCUUCCAGCGGCCGUUCUGUUGGACCUCAUAUAAUUCCUUCUUCUUCGGACUUUCGCUUGCUGCUGUUCGGAUAGCCCUCCGGUCGAUCCUCGAGAAGAAAGUACAGCAGCAUUGCUCAACCAAACGUUCACGACCAAGUGCUCGCCGCCCAGCCCGGCCACGGCGUCAGGGCCGCCAUUCGCAGCAUCGAUCGCGCAAACCACGCCUCCAUGUGCCUGAAUCCAAACGUUGCGCCAUCGCCGACGUCGAGUUCCGAGCCGAAGCCAUGAAGAGCAAAGCCAGAGGCACUAUUCUGCCUUUACGGCAGGCCGAAUUCGACGCCCUGCCGUAUUCAGUUCAGAGAAAGUACUUUUCAUCCCUGGAGCGUUUGCAGAUCGCCCAGCAGGCCUCCGACGAGCCUACUACAUCAGGCCGCUCGUCCCAGGCCAGCACCUCUUCCAAAUCCCACCGGCCCUCGCUAUCUCUCGGCACCGGACGACGCAGACGCAAAUCCGAAAAGGCUGUGCACGCUCACGACCUAUCCCACAUUGACCUUGACUUCUUUCUCUCCUUGCCUGAAAAGGUACGCAAGCAGCAUUUUUCCCGCGAAGAGCAGGCACUCCUCCAAGGAACGCACGAACAGGCGUUCCUUCCCGACGACCAGGAUCCCGAGUGGGCACAACAACGCUUCAACGAUUUCCACUUCGACUUUUCCCACUCCACCGUCGACCUUCCGGAACGCGGCCGCUCACGACGACGUUCAUCUUCGGCCUCUUCGACCAUCAGCCCUUCCCGUCCGACUUUCGGGCCUUCUCUUACAUCAAACACGAGCAAGGACCGAAACGCCCAUUUACUGUAUCUCGACACAAUGGCCACGCCCAUCUUCCACCGGAGGGAAACCUCAAUGGCAGAUAUGAGACGGACCAUGUCCCUCACGUCGCAUCCGGUCCGCCUUGGAUCUUCAUACACGGCGGAUCCUCCAUUCUUCAAUGCCAGGCCAAACCGACUUCACCAACGUGCCCACUCUUCUUCUCUUGCGGGCCACAUGAUGCCGUCUACGCCCCCAGCCCUCACGAUCGACCCCGAAGCAACACACUACCAAGAUCCAGAGGCGAGAAAAAAGUUGCGCAUGUAUCUUGCAUCUCCCCAAAAGUUCGAUGAAGCGAUUGAAUUUGGCUUCCCAUCGUCCACAGGAAACGGCGCCGCUGCACCGCACUUUCAGCUGCCACAGAUUGACAGCCAUGCUCGCAAGUUUAGCCGAGACAUGCACACCUUCCUCAGGGACGGACAGCUGUCUUUCUUCGAAGACCAUCCAAAUGAGAACCAGGGUCUGGAAUCCGAUGCUGGCUCUGUAGCCGACAUGGACUCACCCGCCACUCCCUCCAGCACCGGCCUGUCCUUCCGCAUGCACUCCCGCCAGUUCUCGCACCGCAAGUUCUCAGUCGACUCGCCAGCUCCGUCGCCUGUCCACUCCGCCAAUGGGCACUUUCAUCGAGAAAUGACACUCCGCAUGACCUUGACCCGGCCCGAUUUACGAGCUGACGAAGAUCAACUCUACGGCUGGCAAGGCUCCAGCUCGAGCCCGAAAACCUCCAGAGACGAUCCUCUGGCACUAGAAGAUCUCGUCUUCACUGACGACAUGACCGGUACCAAGGGCGCCUUCUACGUCAAGCCCAAACCGCGCGGAAACCUCGUAAGCCGCUUACUGAAGCGUGCCAGCCUCAAGGCCACCAGUCGCUGAUCACCAUUUCAGCCUACAUCUAUUAAUCUACUUCUCAUAUCGUACUUUUUGUCUGUCUUUCCUAAUAAAGACCAACAACAGGUCUGCUGCAUUUCAGCGAGCGGCUUUUAUUUCCUUGUCCAACCAUUUUCUAGACAUUUACGGGGGUUUACGAAAGCUCAUCAGACUGUACGAUUAUCACGAUGCACGAACCGAACGAUUCAGAUGCAUGAAUGAGGCGUUUUCCUUUCAUCUCCCAUGUCCAGCUACCCUGCUGGUAUUUCUUCAUACUUAGCUAGCCAAGAACUUCAUCGAGAAUGAUACCCAGUCGGCAGCAACCAAUGCUGGUCUGUCGCUUUGAUCCAACCACAUUUUCACUAUCCAUGUCGAUACCGCUGUUUCCGCAUAUUUCCUAUUGCAUCAAGCAACAAUAGCUACGCUUCGCA